CAAUGUUGUCAAGAUGAAAAAGUCUCUAGAGAUCAAAAGAUCGAAGGAUCUCUCCUCGUACUGUAAACGCAACUUAACGAACAGAGAUAUGGCGGAACGUCACUUCCCUAACGAUAUGCCGAACUAUCUACCGGAAAUUACAACAGCUGUGGACGAAGCUGCCACCGAAAGAAGCAAAGACUCUCUCGCAAACCUCCUCUCUCUUCCUUACAAUAGGCUUUCUGAAAGACUCAAAACAUCAGCUUUGGAACUCAAACACAGGGUAGUGUUUGUACUUUUGCUUCAGGUGGUGACGGAGACAUGGGAAUUGAGUGGGAAACGCGUGCAUGAUUAUACUGUUUACACUGGUGCACUAGGGACUGCAUACUUGCUCUUUAAAGCUUACCAAGCUACCAACAAUGAAAAUGAUCUUAAAUUGUGCUCUGACAUUGUCAGGGCAUGUGAUUCUGCUUCUAGGGAUUCUGGGCGCGUGACGUUUAUAUGUGGGCGUGCUGGUGUUUGUGCUCUUGGUGCUGUUGUUGCAAAGCAUGCUGGUGAUGAAAGGCUACUAGAUAGCUACUUAACACAGUUUAAAGAGAAGAUCAAACUUCCAAGUGAUUUGCCAUACGAGUUGUUGUAUGGGAGAGCAGGGUUCUUGUGGGCCUGUUCAUUUCUCAAUAAACAUAUUGGUAAAGAAACCAUAUCUGCUGGCCGCAUGAGAGCUGUUGUGGAUGAAAUAAUCAAGGGUGGGAAAAGAUUGGCACACCGGGACAAAUGUUCAUUGAUGUAUGAAUGGCAUGGAAAGAAGUACUGGGGUGCUGCACAUGGAAUGGCUGGGAUCAUGCAUGUUUUGAUGGACAUGGAACUGAAACCGAAUGAAGUAGAGGAUGUCAAGGGCACACUACGCUACAUGAUUAAGAACCGCUUUCCAAGUGGUAAUUAUCCUUCAAGUGAAGGAAGUGAGUCAGAUCGUCUUGUGCAUUGGUGUCAUGGUGCUCCUGGGGUUGCUCUUACCCUUGUGAAAGCGGCUGAGGUUUUUGGAGACCAGGAGUUUUUGCAAGCUGCUAUGGAUGCAGCAGAGGUAGUAUGGAAUCGCGGCCUCCUCAAGCGAGUUGGCAUAUGUCAUGGCAUCAGUGGAAAUACCUAUGUUUUUCUGUCACUAUACCGUUUAACCGGUAAUGUGCAAUAUUUAUAUAGAGCUAAAGCAUUUGCAUGCUUUCUACAUGAAAAAGCACAGAAACUUAUAUCAGAGGGGAAGAUGCAUGGAGGUGAUCGCCCCUGUUCACUAUUUGAGGGUGUUGGAGGAAUGGCUUAUCUCUUUUUCGACAUGAUCGAUCCAUCUGAAGCCAGGUUUCCUGCUUACGAACUUUAAAACUGCAGCUUAGUAGUUAUGAGAAAGUAGAUGUGUAUAUAUCACUGUAGCUUGUGAAACUUGAUGCUGUUUGUAUAAAUUUUCCAAGAUGAGGCUUCUUGAAAGUUUUGCUC